GGAGCAGGGCGGCCAGCGGCCGAGAGCGGGGCCGUUACACCCUCCCCCCUCCCCUCUCGUCGUCACCGAGACGCAACAGGGCAGAGGGAGACAAGGCACGAACGCUUCUGUCUGCCCUUUUUCAGCCUGUCUUCAGGACUUACCGUUGCCUGCAGCGCUGGGACCCUGGGGUGGGAGUUCCCACAGUGCUGCAGGUCCAUCGAAGUGGAUUACAAUGUCAUUCACAUUCAGGAGAAGACUCAAGUCAGCACAAGGCCUGUGUAUUAAAAAUACAAGAAUAAGAAUGAGUUAAGAUGAAUGUUAUACAGAUGAAGUGAGGAUCACAGAUAAGGUUCAAAAUUAUCAUAUGUCCCCAGCAUACCAUGGUAGAUGUAGCAAAGAAAGAGACGAUGAAUGACAUCACAUUUAGAAGCAACACUGUACUUUCUGACAUUCAUCUACAUACCCCAAGCAAAAGACAUCUCAUGGUCCGAUUGAAUACUGUUGGACAGCCAGUAUUUCUAUCACAAUUCCAGCUCCUUUUGAAAAAAAAUAAUUUGGAGUCUGAGAAAAAAAAGGGAAAGGACCUUUCAACAGAAAAUAUAGGACAACAAAUUAAAGGUGGGAAGGAAUUGUGUGACAACGGUAGCAAUGACUUAGAUUUUCUCAGCAAAAAUGGAAGAGAAGUCAGUAAUUUUAAAGGAAUAGAAACUCUGCUGGAUGAUGAUGGGGAUUUGGAAGUGAUCAGAAGGCCUCGAUCUAAGCCUGAUCCAGAAAUGGAGGCUCUAUCAAGGGACAAAGUGUAUCCCAUAAUUCUGACUAAAGGAGAAGAUAUUUUUGAAGAUGCAAAGCAAGAAAGUACCUGCAAUAAUAUUAUUAAAAUAGAGCACACAAUGGCAACACCAUUGGAAGACGUUGGUAAACAAGUCUGGCGAGGAGCCUUUCUUCUUGCAGAUUACAUCUUGUUCAAAAGGGACAUGUUCAGAUAUUGCACAGUAUUAGAACUUGGAGGAGGCACUGGAAUUACAAGCAUUGUCAUGGCAAUGAUUGCUAAGACUGUAUACUGCACAGAUGUUGGUGAAGAUCUAUUGGCUAUGUGUGAGCAAAAUGUAAUAUUAAACAAACAUCUUAUUGAGCCAGCAGGAGGUGAAGUUAAGGUAAAAGAGCUGGAUUGGCUGAAAGAUGGAUUCUGUACUGACCCUGAAGCUCGCUACAGUUGGUCUGAAGCAGAGAUUGCUGAUUUGCAUGACCACACCACAGUGAUACUGGCAGCUGAUGUUUUUUAUGAUGAUGACUUAACAGAUGCUUUAUUCAAAAUACUGUACAAAAUCACUCACAACUUGAAAAACUCUUGUUCGAUUUACUUAUCAAUAGAAAAGAGACUGAACUUCACUUUAAGACAUAUGGACAUUACAUGUGAGGCAUACAAUCAUUUUCGAAAUACUUUGAAUGAUUUGGAGAACUUAGAAGAUGGCAAAAUGAAAUAUACCGCUGAGCCCAUUAAGCUAGCAUUCUCCCAGUUUCUGAUUUAUGAGCGGAUUGAGCAGCUGGAGCUGUGGAAGAUCAUUGCUGAACCACUUACAUUACCUCUUUAACAGAAGACUGCUGAAUGCAUUGAGGAUAUUAUUUUAUUUGAGAAAAUCAAUGCUAUGAUCUAGAUUUUUUUUUCCCAAAAGAUGUGCUCCCCAUGGAACUGAAUUUGAUGCAGAUUUGCCUUCAACUAAUUAAAUAUAUCUUGUAGCAUAUAGA